AUGGAUCAAGGAAGGCAAGUGUUCUCAGUAGAUCUACUCGAGAGAUAUGCCACUAAGAAUCGUGGCAUGAUCACAUGUAUGGCUUCUGGAAACGAUGUAAUCGUUCUGGGAACAAGCAAAGGAUGGAUCAUCCGCCAUGAUUUCGGACUUGGCAGUUCUUAUGAUAUUGAUCUCUCUGUUGGUAGAACUGGGGAGCAAUCGAUCCACAAGGUUUUUGUUGAUCCUGGUGGAAGCCAUUGCAUUGCUACUGUCACUGGUGUUGGAGGAGCUGAGACUUUUUACACUCAUGCUAAGUGGCCUAAGCCGCGUGUGUUGAGCCGCUUGAAAGGCUUGUUGGUUAACGCGGUGGCUUGGAAUAAACAACAGAUAACAGAAGUUUCAACUAAGGAGAUCAUCCUUGGCACUCAAGAUGCGCAGCUAUUUGAGAUGGCUGUGGAUGAGAUGGAUAAGAGAGAGAAGUAUAUCAAGUUUUUGUUCGAACUAGAGGAACUUCCUGAGGCCUUCAUGGAUUUGCAGAUGGAAACAGCCAACAUAAGCAUUGGAAUGAGGUACUAUGUGAUGGCUGUAACUCCUACUCGACUCUAUUCCUUCACCGGGAUUGGAACAUUAGAAUCUGUCUUUGCCAGUUAUAAAGAACGUGCAGUUCGUUUUAUGGAACUUCCUGGUGAAAUACCAAACAGGCGAGUGCUAAUCUUCUUAUUUGAAAGAAAUCACAAAGCUGAACUACAUUUCUUUAUAAAGCAACGAAGAGCGGUGCAUUUUGCAUGGCUUUCAGGAACAGGAAUAUAUCAUGGUGGCCUAAAUUUUGGAGCUCAGCACAGUAAUCCAAAUGGUGAUGAAAACUUUGUGGAGAGCAAAGCGCUUUUGGACUACUCAAAACUGAGUGAGGGCACUGACGUAGUCAAGCCUAGUUCAAUGGCACUCUCAGAGUUCCAUUUCUUGCUUCUUAUUGGGAAUAAGGUUAAGGUUGUGAAUCGGAUAAGUGAACAAAUCAUAGAAGAGCUCCAGUUUGAUAUAUCGGCUGAUUCAGCUUCGAGGGGCGUUAUUGGACUUUGCAGCGAUGCCUCUGCUGGCCUUUUCUAUGCGUAUGAUCAGAAUUCGAUCUUCCAGGUUUCUGUGGUUGACGAAAGCAGAGAUAUGUGGAAGGUUCACCUAGACUUGAAAGAUUAUGCUGCAGCUUUAGCAAACUGUCGUGACCCUCUCCAGAGAGACCAAGUUUAUUUAGUUCAGGCAGAAGCUGCAUUCGCCAACAAAGAAUAUCUACGAGCAGCAUCAUUCUAUUCCAAAAUCAAUUACGUAAUAUCUUUUGAAGAGGUCACUUUGAAGUUUAUUAGUAUAAAUGAACCGGAAGCUUUGAGAACAUUCUUGUUGCGGAAGCUUGAUACUCUUUCAAAGGAUGAUAAAUGUCAAAUUACAAUGAUAUCAACGUGGGCAACUGAGCUAUAUCUGGACAAGAUAAAUCGGCUGCUUUUGGAAGAUGACACUGCUAUUGAAAAUCGUAACUCAGAGUAUCACUCAGUCAUUCAAGAAUUCCGUGCUUUCAUGAGCGACUGCAAGGAUGUAUUAGAUGAGGCAACCACCAUGAAACUUCUGGAGAGUUAUGGUCGAGUCGAAGAGUUGGUAUAUUUUGCAAACCUGAAGGAGCAGUAUGAAAUCGUUAUUCACCAUUAUAUUCAGCAAGGGGAAGCAAAGAAAGCUUUGGAUGUGCUACAGAAAUCUUCAGUUUCAGAUGAGCUUCAGUAUAAAUUUGCGCCAGAGCUUAUUAUGCUUGACGCAUAUGAAACCGUGGAAGCAUGGAUGGCCAAUAAAAAUCUUAAUCCAAGGAGACUAAUUACUGCAAUGAUGCGUUACUCAAGCGAACCUCAUGCAAAGAACGAGACACAUGAAGUUAUAAAAUAUCUUGAGUUUUGCGUCCACCAAUUGCAUAACGAGGAUCCAGGGAUUCACAAUUUACUUCUCUCAUUAUAUGCCAAGCAGGAAGAUGACAGUGCUCUCCUCCGUUUCCUGCAAUGCAAAUUUGGGAAAGGACGAGAGGACGGUCCUGAAUUUUUCUACGAUCCCAAAUAUGCGUUGCGCUUGUGUCUCAAGGAAAAGAGAAGUCGUGCCUGUGUCCAUAUAUACAGCAUGAUGUCUAUGCAUGAAGAGGCAGUAGCCCUUGCUCUUCAGAUUGACCCAGAGCUUGCUAUGGCUGAAGCUGAUAAGGUUGAAGAUGAUGAAGACUUGAGAAAGAAGCUGUGGCUGAUGGUUGCAAAGCAUGUCGUCAAGCAGGAAAAAGGAGCCAAAAGGGAAAACAUAAGGAGAGCUAUUGCUUUUCUCAAGGAAACUGAUGGUCUUCUAAAGAUUGAAGAUAUUUUGCCUUUCUUCCCGGACUUUGCCUUAAUUGAUGACUUCAAGGAAGCGAUUUGCUCGUCUCUGGAGGAUUACAACAAGCAAAUAGAACAACUGAAAGAAGAGAUGAAUGAUGCCACACGUGGUGCAGAUAAUAUUAGAAACGAUAUCAGUGCCUUAACACAAAGAUAUGCUGUGAUCGACCGUGAAGAGGAAUGUGGGGUUUGUAAACGUAAAAUCUUGACUAUGGCCGGAGAUUUCAGAAUGGCGCAGGGAUAUCUUUCAGCUGGACCACUGGCUCCGUUCUACGUCUUUCCUUGUGGGCACUCUUUCCAUGCCCAGUGCCUGAUCACUCACGUUACAAGCUGUGCACACCAAGAGCAAGCGGAGCAUAUACUUGAUCUGCAGAAGCAGCUGACAUUGCUUGGUAGCGAAACGAGAAAGGAUAUAAAUGGUAAUCGAUCUGAUGAACUCGUUACUAGCUCAACUACUGCAGACAAGCUUCGAUCAGAGCUAGAUGAUGCUAUCGCCAGCGAAUGCCCAUUCUGUGGAGAACUAAUGAUCAAUGAGAUCAGUCUGCCUUUUAUUAAACCUGAGGAAACACAACACUCUGCUUCAUGGGACCUCCGACCACAGACCAAUUUAGCUAACCAGAGGACCAUUUCUUUACCUCUUUGAUUUGUGUAACAUCGUGAUUUCUUUUUCAUGCCAUCUCUUCUUCAGCUAGCCUUUGGAGUGUGGAUGUGAUUUUGAGUGUGAAUGUAAUGUCAUUAUUUAACAUGCUUCUUGAGAUAACAUACAAUAAGUUUGUGAUAGCAUACAAUAUUUCCUUUUAAUGUUUUCUUGACUAUUAUAUCAAUCUUAA